AUGGAAACUGUUUAAAUAAUAGAGCCUGUUUAAAUAAUAGAGCCAGGUUAUGCUGUCACGCAUAAAGCUGUUAGUCAGUACAGUGAAAGCUACAAAUUGGGAUACAUUAAUUAUGGAUGCCAAGGCAUUAAAGAAGAGACUUGUGCUGUGAAAACCUAUAAGUUAGAGAGCAUGGAAGACUUUAUUAACGCUUAAAGAGAGAAAGAAGUGCUGAUGAGUCUGAACCAUGAGAAUAUUGCCAAAACAUACAAAAUUAUUGAGAAGGACAAUAAGAUGUACAUUUUUAGGGAAUAUGACGCGCAAAUCACUUUGAAAACUAUAUUCGACAGAUUAUAAGCCACUUAAUAAGUAAUUGAUAAAAAAAAUAUAUUGAGUUUAGGAGCUUAAAUGAUCGAUUGUCUCAAUUACAUGGAAUCAUUGUAGCUUACAAAUAGAGAUUUGAAUCCGAGCAAUAUUUUCCUUAGUUAGGAGAUGAAUUUUAAACUUUUUGAUUUCGGAUAAUCCAGAAUCAUAGAAGAAGAUGCAAUCGGACAAUCUAUGGUUGUUGGAGUUAAUGAAUAAUUUAUGAGUCCUUAAAUGUUGGAAUUAGAAAAAGAGGGUGGUGUGACUAUAGAAAUUAAUUAUUACAAAAGCGACAUAUGGAGUUUGGGCAUGAUUUUAUAUUAUUUCGGAGAAAAUUAAUAUCCAUGGAGAAGAGAUUUGAAAAAGAGUUAAGUAGAGUUGGAAUUAGAAAUUCAAAAGAUGAAGGAUCCUAAUUAUAAACUGUAAUUCAGUAGAAUUAAAUGUCCUGAUUUAAAACGUUUGAUUUCAAGAAUGUUGAUUUAUGAUUAGAACAGGAGAGCAUCUGCUAUGCAAUUACUAGAAGAGCCUUUCAUAAAACCAUUUGUGAAAUAGCCAUCUCCAUAGAUAAGUAAAUUACAAUUUUUAUGCGAAUUGACUUAAAAAUUUAAUGAAAUGAAUAAAGCAUAAGACGUUGAUGAAAUGUAUUAAGACUUAAUUUUCAAUCAUUUAAUAAGAUAUUUUAGUAAAAACAGGAAGUUAAUCAAUAGGAGAUCUAAAUUUUAUAAGAGUUACAAAUAAUUACUAGACUAUCAGAUGUUCAAUAAAAAAGAGUUGUGGUUGACUUUUCGAAUCAAAUCUAAAACCAAAAGUUAUCUUUUGAAUUACAUAAAUGAAUAUAAAAGAAAAUCUACGUUAGAUGAUCGUUAACGAUAAGAAUUAUUGUUAUUGUUGUAGGCUAUGGAUACUGAGAAGUAAUUCCCAAAUAAUCUUUAAUAAUUAAUUGAAGAAGUGGAGAAUAAUUAUUUAGAAAAUUGAAACCUAUAAAUUUAACAUUUAUAAAACAAUUAC